AUGGCAUUCAAGUUUGUUCCUAUUCUCGCUCUCUUGGCUGUGGCUCACGGUUAUCCCGGAAUCUACCAGGCGCCCGCUCUGCUGAAAUCUCCAGCUGCUCUCAUCCAGCCAGCUCCCUUGAUUGCCCAGGCUCAACUGGCGCCAGCUCUCUUGGCCAAGCCCGCCGCGCCUCUGCUACUGAAGAAGGAGUUUGAAACCAUCGAUCCCAAUCCUCAGUACAGCUUCGCCUACGACAUCAAGGAUGCCCUGACAGGAGAUAUCAAGAACCAACAAGAGACGCUGGACAAUGGCGUCAUCAAGGGACAGUAUAGCCUUAUUGAGCCCGAUGGCAGACAGAGAAUCGUGGACUACAUCGCUGAUCCUAUCAACGGAUUUAAUGCUGAUGUGAAAUAUGCUGGAGCUGCCAUCGCUCCUGCCCAGCCAGCUCUCAUCAAGACAUACGCCACUCCGGCCAUCGCUAAGGCCACAUUGACCCCAGCUCUGGCUGCUGCUGCUUACAUCAAGACUGCCCCAGCUUAUGCUUCGGCUGCCUAUAUCAAGACUGCCCCAGCCUUGGCUCCAGCUCUGGCCCCAGCUUAUGCUCCAGCUCUUGCUCCAGCUUACGCCCCAGCCCUUGCCCCAGCUUAUGCUCCAGCCACGUACAUCAAGACUGCUCCAGCCUUGGCGCCAGCUUAUGCUCCUCUGGCUCCUGCUGCCUACGCCACGACUUUACCCUACGCCUCGACGCAGUAUAUUAAAUACUGA